AUGAUUCCUUUCUAUCUCGACAGGACGGGAGGACCGGGUUCACAAUCUGAAGCUGCUAAUACUGGAGGAGUCAAAGGAUCAGUAGCCCAAUGUGGCCAUUUCCAGAGAGAAACAGUACAUGGAGAAGUAGCUCGAAGUCGUUCCAAACGUGGCUCAUUGUUAUGUCGUGCUGCUGUGGAACGGACGGUUAUGGGCACACGAAUCCCUUCCGCGUACAUAUUUCAUGGUCCCAAUAUAAACGUGCACGAUCUUCCCAAACGAUAUCCUCAUCAGCUGAUGGUGUUCAUGUUGCUCGAAGCGCCACCGUACGCUGGAGGGGCUUGGAAAAAGGUAAAAACUGGAAUGGCUUUCAAGGAAUCAGCAGCUGAACGGAGGCCUGUAGAGCGCUACAGUAACACAAAAUUGAUCCAGAUGCCGGUCGAUUAUUUCAAUGCGACGAUGACAUACAGUAGCGACUCCAAUUACCGUUUACCUUAUGGCAGAUUCGUAAGGCGCUCGGCCAUGGACGAGGAGAAGAGUUAUUUUACAGAAAGCCAGGCAUGGGAACUGGAACCUCCCUCUGAGGACCACGAACGUAGGACUUAUCUAAGGACAGAGAGGAUGAGGAUUCGGAAAAUCAAAGCAAUCCUCGAAUCAGAAACAAGCAACGUGGACACGGCUCUCGAGCGCUACAGCAGCGCUGCUGAUAGCCUCGAUGCCAGCACCCCGUCGCUGGAUGAAAUUCUCGAGAAAGUCGGCUCCAACAUUGAAAGGGCUGCCGCCACACUGGACAAAGGGCGCGUAAUACUGACAGCAGUGGCUCGCCUUUCAGGAGAAGCUUGGUAA